GGGGCCGUGGAGGCGUGCGCUCCGCCCCCCCGUUAGAAGAAAGUAGCCAAUGGGAGAGCCGGGGCGGAGCGGUGGAGCCAAUGGCGCGGGCCGGUUUGAUUCAAAGGUGCCUAUAAAGAGGGUCUGCACACUGGUUCUGGCCGAAUCGUGGUCCUGUCCCGGCGUCGCCAUGGCUAUGUUAUUUGAGGGCCCAGAUGAGCUCCCCGCCGCCUGCUUGUCGCCGUGCGGGCCGCCCAACCCGGCCGAGCUGUUUAGCGAGGCGCAGCGUCUGGCGCUGGAGGGGCGGGGCGGCCCCUCUGCCUUCGCUGCCUUCCUGCGACGCGAGCGCAUGGGACGCUUCCUGAACUCGGACGAGGUGCGCGCCAUCCUGCGCUCGGCGGAGCGGCCGGGAGCCGACGGCGCGGCCGCCGCCGAGGACUCCUUCGGCUCAUCUCAGGACUGCUCAUCCGGCACCUACUUCCCGGAGCAGUCGGACUUGGACCCGCCGCUGCUAGAACUUGGCUGGCCCGCCUUCUACCAGGGCGCUUACCGCGGCGCCACGCGCGUGGAGGCGCACUUCCAGCCCCGCAGCGCGGACUCCGGCGGCCCCUAUGGCUGCAAGGACGCGCUGCGCCAGCAGCUGCGCUCCGCGCGAGAGGUGAUUGCGGUGGUGAUGGAUGUGUUCACAGACAUCGACAUCUUCAGAGACCUGCAGGAAAUAUGUAGGAAACGGGGAGUUGCUGUGUACAUCCUUCUGGACCAGGCUCUGCUCUCCCAAUUUUUGGAUAUGUGCAUGGAUCUGAAAGUCCAUCCUGAACAGGAAAAGCUGAUGACAGUUCGGACUAUCACAGGAAAUAUCUACUAUGCAAGGUCAGGGACGAAAAUUAUUGGGAAGGUUCACGAGAAGUUCACGUUGAUUGAUGGCAUUCGAGUGGCAACAGGCUCCUACAGUUUUACAUGGACGGAUGGCAAGUUAAACAGCAGCAACUUGGUAAUUCUAUCUGGCCAAGUGGUCGAACACUUUGAUCUGGAGUUCCGAAUCCUGUAUGCCCAGUCAAAGCCCAUCAGCUCCAAACUCCUGUCCAGCUUCCGGAUCAGUGGCAAGUUUGAUCACCUCGCCGACCGAAAACCUCAGUCCAAGGAGCUCACUCUGGGCAACCUCCUGCGGCUGCGGCUGGCCAGGCUCUCGAGCACCCCAAAGAAGACUGACGUGGAUUCACAGGCACCCGCAGAGGGCAGGGCCGCGAUCAGGCGCCGUGACUCAGAGUCCUCCACCAUCAGUGAGGAGGACUACCUCCACAGCCACAAGGAUGAACUCGAGGGCACAAAGGCCAUCGACGUGGCCACUCAGACAGAGCCAGGAGAGGAGCAGCCAGCAGUGUUCCUGACCGAGGUGGGAACACAAACCAGCACCAGCACAGCCUGCGCCGGGACCCAAACUGCAGUCAGCACCAGGAUAGCCAGCUCCCAAACCAUGAUUUGGUCCAAGUCGACCACCACCCAGACUGAUGGGGAUGAGAACUUUAUCUUUUCUCAGGGAGCCCAGUCUAAAGAAGGGUCACCAGUAUCCAAAAUGUCUAUCUCGAGAUCUUCCAGUUUGAAGUCUUCCUCCUCUUUGUCCUCCCAAAGCUCCGUGGCAAGCUCUAUUGGCUCCCACACUUCCAUGAGAACGGCUGAUUUCCACAACCCUGGCUAUCCAAAGUACCUGAGCACCCCCCACUUGGAUCUGUGCUUGAGAGACUCAUUUAGAAACUUGAAUAAGGAGCGGCAGUUUCACUUCUCUGGGAUCAGGUCCCGGCUCAACCACAUGCUGGGUAUGCUCUCACAGAGAACAUUCAUUACUGAAAACUACCUAGGCUUUAACUCCGGGAAUUUUACCAGAACGUCAGUUAAUCUGCUUGCUAUUCGAGAUACAGCACUAUAUCCUUCUUAUCAGUGACUGCUCAGUGUUUGGACUCCUGGCUUCCACCUGGUGAGCUGCAGAACAUCCUCAGAGCUUCCUGAUGUAAAAAUUUUUCCAUGUCUCUAGUUGCCUCUCUCACCUGACAUUUGGUCACCUUGGCUGUCUUUGAAUUCUGUAAGCUGAAUAUUAUUUUUUAUGCUUUUAUCUUUGUCAUGUAUAAACCAGGUAUUGGUUUUACGGUUUAAACACUAUGGGUACAGGGUUUUUUUGCACAAUUUAAAUAUCGGUAUCUCUUAAAGAGAAUGGUUAGGUGUUCUAAGGUGAAUUCAGGUGAGACAUAAGGUAUGUUUUAUUUUCUUGACUUACGCUCUUCUGUUUUAGAGGUGUGAGUUGCCAGUGAGUCUAUGGUCAAAAUCUUAUUUAGGAAAUCAAAACUAUGUCUUAAUUGUUUCUCUUUAGAAUAUCUUUGU